CUCAUCCCUCAUCCCAACUCAAAAGAAAACCAAGAUCUUGGCGCCAGGAUAUGUGAUACGCCGGAAAACGAGAUAAGAUCUUGGCGGCCUUCCUUGAGGGGCUCUUUUGGGGGGUAGGUAGGGCUGGAGGGAGGGAGAGGGGGGGAUGUGGGUGGACGGAGACCAGAAUGACGAAUCUCUCACGAAUGAGCGCUCCUCCACCCACCCAACCGACACAAACAGCGGCGGCGGGGAAAAGCAAGACAACAGAGAGAGAAACUUACAUGGGCAGAAAGCUAAUGACGAUGAACAAAGCCACGGCUCCGAUGAUCACGCCGACGAUUUCGCCACUUGGGGGGGGAGGGUCGUGCUCCGUCAUCGGCAAUGUUGUUAGUUUAGUUGGAUGUGUGUGUGUGUGUGUGUGUGUGUGUGUGUGUGUGUGUGUGUGUGUGUGUGAUAUGCGAAUCACAAUAUGAUCAGGGAAUCGAUGGGGACCACGUGAAGCUGCGCUGCGUGAGAGGUAUGAUGUAUAGAACGUAUUCCUACAUAAAAGUUGGAUGUAAGAAUAGUCAGACAGACACGCAGGGCAUCCAGCCGUGGCAGGUAGCAAGCAUAAGAUAAGUUUUUCGAAAGGGCUAAUGCAGUAUAGUAUGUAGUCGAUGGCAGAGAGCAGAAAAGCAAGACCACAAAAUAAAUCAAAAUCACACAAAAGUUCGGACCAGCCGACCGGGGGUGGGAACACUUUAAAGUGUGUGCCCCCUAUUUGUUAACUGAGUUACAGUAUUGCUUUGGUUGUCUCAACUCGACCUCUCCC